UAGCUGCACGUGUAUCCGUGCUUUCACUAUGGCCUCCACCUCCUCCUCGACUCAAUCUCCUUAUACCCGCUGGAAUGACAUUAAUGACGAUCAACUUACGCUCCCAGAUGUAGAAGAAUGUCUACAGUCCGCUCCCGACGAUCUUUGGGUAGUUGCCGCAUGUACGGAUCGGCUGCUGGACGAUCCAACGUUACAGCAAACAUUGCUCGAGCUUGGACUGAAACGGACGGAAGCUGCUGUGACGCGAAGCCGACACAUAUGGGAGCAUCCCCCAAUAUCAGACGAAGAGCAGAAUUCACAAGCGGAAUCGAGUACCUCAACUGACGAGCACAGAUGGAAUGCUGCACUGGUAGCUCGUUUCCGCGACAACCCUUCAGAUGCACGUCUCUGCCAUUUACGAGCUGUGCUACUGGACCGUCUCGAUCGUUUGAACACGUUCAAAGAGAUCGUGUCUCAACUACCUGUGGAGCAGAACGAUUCGGAGGAGGAAGGAGACGAAGAAUGGGAGGACGAUCCAUGGGCAGACGAUGUGACGGAGGCACCGGGGAAGGCCUCCGCAGCGAAGGAACCGCUAAUACCUCUGAGUUCCUUCCUUACAUACCCGUUACUCGAUGCUGCGUGUUUACUUGCAUCCACGGAGUACUUCACUGCCGUACAAGUGAUGUUGAAGAGACACGGUCCUAUUCUUUGGCCAUACCGCUUCGCAAUCCUUGACAGUAUACCCGAACAUGCAGCCGCAUCUGAAUAUCGGGACAUACUCCCUAGCCUUGACCCUGUCGCCGAGGUCGAACAGAAACCAGCAUUUGAACUGCCCAGACCUGACCUUGAUUGGGCGGAGCAAUCAGACGUCCAACAAUCCCUCACCAAGUCUCAAGUCUCUUUCGGGAUUUCUCGACCUCCUUUGUCAACAGUCGAAGCUCAAUCUCAAGCAGAACCGUUGCAGUCUGACCCCUUACUCUCUUGGUACCGCGACCGCAUUGACCUCAUAAUCUCGAGCACAGGUAUGGUGGACGUCGCAUUGUCUUUGGUUCAACAUGCAGCAUCACAAGGAAUAUCUGGAUUGGAUGAGAUUGGAGAAGACCUAUCUCUCAUUUCUCGCCUGGUGUACGACGCUCCAGCAGCAAACGACGUGAAUCAGGAUGAAUGGGCUCUCCAGAUGUGGAGAUCACUAGGCCCUUCUGAUGUCGUCCGAGCCUACCUAGCACAUUCCACUCCAGAAACUGUUGCUCACGAUAUAAACCACCUUGUGCUUCCCUACCUAUACGUAUUAGAGGCACGCGCUGAGCGCAAAGGUCACCCCGAUCCAUCCCUACCUCAGCGUAUGCUCUAUGAGUAUAUACUCCAAGCACCACUUGAAAUCAUUGCAGCCAUUUUCGAGUCUUCAAAACCUACUCUACCUCCUGCACAACGGAUCAUACGAGAUGACGAAGAUAUGGUCCGUUUAGCUCUCGCCUGCCUUUAUGGUAGCGAUAGCCUGAACGAGUGGCCAGUCAUGAGUCGCAUCUUUGAGUGUUUACCUGCAUGGGAAACACCAGAAGACGAGGACGAAACGGACGAAGUCGACACUACCAUUGCCUCUCUUGGCACCUUCCUGACGCCGUCUACGACACGUCCUCGAUGUACGCCUAACGAUAUAUUUUUAUUCUUCAAGCCAUUGCCUUCUACAUCUUUGUCUCGUAUGUUGGACGUGCUUGACGUUCAUCUGGAGUCUGGAGAAAUUCUGGCUCGAUGGAGUGUUCCAGCGCCGUUGCGCUGGUUUCUUCGAAGUAAUAGCAACAUCAUGGAGCAGCGUGCGUGGGCUCAGCGGAUGGCCAGGCGAGCAGGUGGCUCCGAUGACCAGCUGUCGUCACAGGAAGAUUGGGAAUGGCUCCUGGAAGACAUGUUAAAACUUGCUGGAUCCGGAGAAAGCGGAUUACGAGGCGCGUUCUGCCUAUUAUCCAAGGAUGACGUUAUUCGUAUAUUCUUUGAAGGGCUGUUAAGUUCUGGUAGUAAGUGUCCAUACGUAGUAUCACACUUGGUUUUCAGGACUGAAAUAUUCUAUGUAGGGUUUGACAUCGCGAAGUACAUGCUCCAUCCAUCGAAAAGCCUUCUACACAUUGACCCCCUUGCGGUGGAAGACAUAUGUCUGUCGUGCUCUCAGGAGUUCUAUGAUAACGCUGGUUCCGGCAACUACCACUUCGGCGACAUGAAACUCGCAUACGACUGUCUUGACGUCCCUCAACAAUCUGAGCGAGUCCUGAAAGAGAAAGAUUUCAUCGAAGCUACCUCAAGACUUUGCUCCUUCAACUUGAUGUCUCGCCCAGGUAUCCCAAUAUCGCCCAUCGAGAUCCGCCUCACAAAAGACCGGUUAUCACUUGUUGCCAGAGUAUUAUCGAGUAACCCCGAUGCAUACAAGCAUACACAGGUGAUCCUCAACCUGGUAAAUAAGCUAGGCUUCCGGGACGACGUAGCAGCAGAAGUUAAGACCCUUGCCAUGCUAGCAGACACUGCUCUGCAAGCCGAGGAUUUCGAUUCCGCAUACGAAGACAGUCAACGAAUGGUGGAUACCGUCUUCACCCUUCGUAAAACAUCCGGUAUUGAGAACCCUGCUGUGGUGGAGGCAAGCGAGGUUUGCUGGGUGGCGUGUUUCCAAUUAGGACGACAUCCAGACUUCCCGGACACUCGGAAGAAGCUUUCUUUGCUUGGUCGCGCUCUGGAUCUAUGUCCAGCGGAUCGAAUAACGGAUAUACUCAAUAUAUGGCGACGUCUGGAAGAUGAUGAUAUUGAGGAACGACGGGGCAGAUUGACUGCUCGUCAGAAUGGCCUCAAACGUGAUGUUAAUCGGGCUGCACAUGGACGAUCUAGAACCACACAAUCAGCAGCUGCAUCAUUGGCAGAACGACUGCAGCAUCUGCAGAUUCCUUCGGCUCCUCUCGUGAACGCAGACGCUGCAGCGUUGGCAAACAAAGCUUUCCACCGGGUUGCGGCGAAUUUCCCAUUCAGCGUCGGAGCACGCGGUCGUUCUUUACUUCCAGAAAGGGAUCGGUCAAGAAGUAGCGAGAGGAGUCUUCCGAAGUAUGAUGGUGCAGAGGUGUCUGCCCAAGCUAGCCGUGUUCUACAGAAAGGAUUGGGAUGGUUAUUGGGCGAUGAGGAGUGAUGUGGAUCUCUCAUGUAGUCACAAUACUUUCCUGAAUGUUAUCAUGACAUUGACAUUAUCACCAUGCUCACAACACAACAUUGUAAAAUCCGAGGGGUCAUUAUCAUGAGGAUAGUAAAGUACAACAUACACACUUGAGCGUGCGCGAAGUAACCAUGAGCAAGUACAAAAACGACAAAGCAAACAAGGUUUUCAACGUGCAGCAGUGAAAGAGCUGGAAGGGUGUUGGAAGGUAUAAAGAAUGGAG